GGAAGCCAGUUACUACGGUAUUGUAGUAGUACAGCAUUCAGCCGGUGCCUAAUCUCAGCCCUUGAUUCACUGACUCGCUGCACACUUAUCAAGGCUGAGACGGAGAAAGACGUUACUCGACACCUCACCAUGGAUGCAUUAAAAUCAGCAGGGAGAGCCAUCAUCAAGAGCCCCGGAAUACCCAGACACACAUGGGGCACAUCCAAGCAUGAGAAGCUGCCAGAGAAUUGGACAGACACAAAAGAGACACUGAUGGAGGGGAUGUCGUUUAGUGUCAAAUACCUGGGAAUGACCCUGGUGGAGCAGCCCAAAGGAGAGGAGAUGGCAUCGGCUGCCAUAAGGAGGAUAGUUUCCACGGCUAGAGCCAGCGCAAAGAAGUUUCAGAAAGUUACUCUCAAAGUCUCUCCAAGGGGAAUAAUCCUAAAUGACACGGAAACCAAUGAACUUAUUGACAACGUCUCUAUAUACAGGUGCAGAGAGACACGCGACAUGAAGAGGAAAUACCCUGUGGCAAUUCCAAUAAUUUCAUAUUGCACUGCAGACAAAGCUCAGGACAAGGUGUUUGCCUAUGUUGCCCAGAGUCAGUUUAAUGAGACAUUGGAAUGUCAUGCCUUUCUUUGCCCUAAAAAGAAGAUUGCCCAGGCUGUUACACUGACUGUUGCUCAGGCCUUCAAAGUUGCACUGGAUCUCUGGGAGACAGCACAAGAAGACAAAAGCAAGAAAGUGCACUCUUGUUGUUCCUGCUCAGCUGCAGAAUCUAAUAGUGGAACAAAAAAACAAUGUGUUUCAGGUGCAGAAAAAACAAAUGGUCGAAGCAACGAGGAAAAUUUAAGAAAACCCUUUUUCUCCUCCUCAAUCCACCAAUCCACAUCACAGCACAACACCCCGGACCGACGGCCACCUAUCAAACAAGAUUCAUGGGAUGUGGAUGAUGGACUUGAUGAUGCCUUUUCCAACAAUGUGGAUGGUGCCAACACAGCCACAGACUGGCAGAGUCCCGGACCAGAACACAGUGCUCAGAUGCCACUUAGCACAGGAGCACCUUCAUCAGACUGACAGAGGCAACAUCAGUAUCAGUUACCAGGCACAGUCCCAGAAGGAUUUAAAAGAAAAAUGAAAACUGUGGUUUACUUGAAUCAGACAAGGAAACUCAAUUGGAGAGUAGAAUGGGGUAAAUCCGAGGUGGGGUUGAAACUUCCCACAGGCACAUUGAUGACACUUACAUGUUCCCUUUUUUCACAUUCAGAUAGAGUGUUGGCUCUACCCUAGAAUAGUGCAGAAUGCUUCGACAGGGUGUUCGUGUGUGCCCAGUAUGGGGAAAGUGCAUGAGGGUUAGCAGUGUUCCACCCUUAGAACAAGAUCUGUAUUUUUAUAAUGUAUCUGGUAAAAUACCUUUCCAUCUCCAUAUGAUACAUGAAACCUUUAGCGCAACUGCUUGAAAAAUAAUCAGAGUUAAUCAGAUCUUGCUCCGACAAGGUACUGUACUGCCGAGAGGGGUUUGGCACAUAAAACGUCAGCCUCAUGCUUACCAUCUAAGCCACGUAGUUGAACGACUUUGAUAACUUAAGAUGGCAGUUACUUUCCCUGAUGGCUUCACUUCAAGUGGUUAUAGCUAACACAGCAGCUUGUACAUACUCUCACUGAAUAAACCUCACGUGUUCAGUUUUUAAAGAAACACAUAUUCUCUUUUAAAAUAUAUUUUUGGGCAGUCCAGAGUGACUCACCUGGUUAAAAUGCAGCUGUAGGGUGAGUCAUACAGUGCAGGUUGGCUCCCUGGCUGUCGCCAGUCUUGACUAGGGAUUCCGAACGGAGCAUGGCUGUGGUACUCCCGUGGGUUAGGGAGGUUAAACUGGCAUGGACUGCUGGCUAGGUCCCCACUGAGCUCAACAGCAGACACCUGCAGGGCUACAUAUUAUAUAUUUUUGGUACUAGAUGAGGGUGAAUAAAUACAUUUUCAAGGCCCAUGUGGUGUUGCACUUUUUUCAUCUUUUCACAAGGGUAGUGAAAUUUUUCCUACCCCUUCUUUCCUGUCAUUAACCAAUCAGCUACUCGAACUCAAGGCAAACAAACACAACUUUAAUUUAUUUAGUAUAGUGAUAAAAAUGGUUUUUAGAAUAUGAUUGCUGUAACAUGUUUUCUUUCAGAACUGCACAUUUGAACAACAUGUAACAUGCAUGGAUUUGUUAACUACAGCCACUUUUGUACUUAAUUGAGUCUUUGUUUAUGCUUAAAAACACUAGUGGACCAUAACUUUCUAAAACAUUUUCUUAGAUAUGUUGUGUGUCUGAAUUGAUCCUUUUGUGGUUUCAUUGCCCGGGAUACCUUUGAAUGCUCAGGUGCAUUCUUGUUUGAUUCAUCACAUCAUCAGGAAUUGGUUGACCUUUUUCAAGGUACCAACAUUCUUGUCUUUAGUGCUUGCUUUACAUUGCUUUGAGAAUGCUUCUGCUUAUUACCUCAUAUCUAUCUGAAAGAUUGAGAUUUCUGGUUAUGAGAUUCUUCUCAGGGCAGAAUUCUAUAGGUGAGGUCUUAAUCCGUCAUUGUUUUAAGGCUGUCAAUAGAUAUUUUUAACUUUGACGUCUUAUCAGUCUACACAAUGUUUAGUCUGGCAAACUUUCAAAGAAGUUACUUUAUGUUGAAUACAGACUUACAAAUUCCUAAAGACUAGUAUGUCAUUACCCUAGAAAAGAUGACAACUAUCCUAGUGACGCAAGAAGGAAGCAGAAGAGAGCAGAUAUUUUACUCUUGGAGAAAAAACAAAACAAAAAACAAUUCAUAAUAUAUGUGAUUGUUUAAGAAUAUGUUUUUUCAUUUUAAUUAUAUUUAUUUAUAUUGCAGCUUUAAUAGCUGUGAUUCAAUCUAGAAUCAACAACUACAUUUACGCUUUGCUCCAGGUAUUCGUCGGUAUUACUAAGGGGUUUAAUUUUAUCAUAGAUUUGUGGUUUUACUACACAGUUUUAUAAUAGUGUAAUAGUUAAUAAAUAUGUACCUUUAAGAAGAAAAAAAUAAUAUUGCCUGUAUCAUAACAUUAUGAGUUUGUAAAUAUAAUAUAAAAUAACUGCAAAUAUUUUAAAUGAAAGAGAAAAUAAAAGGCUGUUUGGAUUUGAUAGAAGAGUAGGGCAGUUUAAAAUGAACAUUAUAGGAGGUUAUCUUUAUUCCAAAAGCGUUUUUUUUUUUUUUUUUUACAACUUGCGGGAAAAGCCUCAUCUGUUUAUUUUUUAAAUCAACCUGGAUUUUAUCAUCUAUCAUACAUUGUUAUCCUGGGAUUACCCCUACAACAGGUGCUUGUUGAAAUCCAAGAAGAUUCACCAGUGCUGAAUAAUGCUUGUAUAACCCUUAUAACAGUUUACCAUGGUAAAUUUGCAUGAUAAUUUGGCAUUUACCAUGCUUUGCCAUGUUUUAUUAUACGAUAAUUAUGCCCCUAUUUGCCUUGUUGGUCAUGUUUGUUGGUUGUUAAUGGAUUCAAUGGUUUUCCUUCUGGAAUUUCUGAGGAGCUGCAACAGCUAGGAAUUUGAGCAGACAUUUACAGUUGCAUGCAAAAGUCUGGGCACCCCUGGAAAAAAUGUAUGUUACAAU